AUGAAUAUGGACCUCUUCAAGAAGUCGAUGGACUCAGUACAGAAGGUCCUGGAAGACGCCAAGGUUGAGCGGAAGCAGGUGGACGAGGUGGUUCUCAUCGGUGGCUCCACACGAAUCCCAUACGUCCAGAAGCUCAUUGAGGACUACUUCGGGAAGGAGCCCUGCCGCUCCAUCAACGCGGACGAGGCGGUGGCUUAUGGUGCGGCCGUGCAGGCGGCCGUGCUGUCCGGCAACAAGGGCAAAGACUCUCCGCUCAAGGACAUUGUCCUGUUGGAUGUGACACCCUUAUCCUUGGGUCUCGAGACCGCGGGGGGCGUCAUGACCCGGCUCAUCGAGCGCAAUAGCACCAUCCCUACCAACAAGAAGCAGGUCUUUUCCACUUACUCCGACAAUCAGCCGGCCGUGACCAUCCAGGUCUAUGAGGGCGAACGGUCCAUGACGAGGGACAACCGUUUGCUGGGCUCCUUCAACCUCGACGGCAUCCCACCCGCUCCGCGCGGGGUGCCCAAGAUCGAAGUGGCCUUCGACUUGGACUCCAAUGGGAUCCUCAACGUCUCCGCGGCGGACCAGACCACUGGCAAGUCCAAUAAGAUCACCAUCACGAAUGAGAAGGGGCGACUCUCGAAAGAUGAGAUGCUUGGCAUUGGCAUUGGAAGCCGAGCAGUUCCGACAGGAGGACGAGGUCUUGCGCAAGAACGUGGAGGCCCGCAAUGA